UUAAUCGCUGCUUGGAGUUUCCUGGUUCGGUCUUUGAUUCUCUUCUCCUCCUUUCGGUAAAUCCCAUUGCAUUUUCGAUUUCUUCUUCUCUUCUGCUUCUUUUGGUAAUCUCAUUGCAUUGUAAUGUAUUCUCUGAUAUUCCAUGGAAAAAAGUCUAUCGAGUUGCAGAAAUGGCGGAAUCCGAGAAUUCUAGUGAUGCUUUUUCAAAAUGUAUUUGCUUUUUCCAAUUCGUUCUCCACUGCCAUUGCUGCUGCUGCUUCUCCUGAUGUGAGCCCUAGAGAUGGUCAAAAAGGGAACAAUUUUACUGUCUCUUAUCUCGUUGAGUCACUUGGUUUGACCACAAAACUCGCGGAAUCGAUCUCAAGGAAAGUCAGUAUCGAGGACAGUGAAAACCCUGGUACUGUCCUGACUCUUUUUAGAAGUUAUGGGUUCACAGAUUCUCAAGUCUCCACCAUCGUUACGGAUUAUUCAAAACUGCUUGUAGCAGAUGCUGAGAGAUCUAUUGGCCCCAAGCUUCAGUCUUUGCAGUCUAGAGGAGCUUCAACCUCUGAGCUCACAGAGAUUGUUUCUAAAGUCCCAAAGAUAUUGGGUAUCAAAAAGGACAAAGCUUUCAAUGUAUACUAUGAUUUCAUCAAAGAGGUUAUAGAAGCGGAUAAGAGCUCCAAGUUCAAAAAGUUAUCUCAUUCUUUGCCACAGGGUAGUAAGCAGGAGAAUAAACUCAGAAAUGUAUUGGCUUUGAGAGAACUUGGUGUGCCUCAGCGGUUGUUGCUCCCCUUGCUCAUCUCCGGACCCAAAUUUGCCUGUGGAAAAGAAAGAUUUGAAGAAUCUCUCAAGAAGGUUGUUGAGAUGGGCUUUGAUCCAACAAGCUUAAAGUUUGUCGAGGCUCUGCGCAUUGUUCAGGGAUUGAAGGAAGAAACAAUAAAAGAGAAAGUCAAUGUAUAUAAAAGUUUAGGCUUUGCUGUGGAAGAUGUAUGGACUAUGUUCAAGAAGUGGCCAAACUCUCUGACAUACUCGGAGAAGAAGAUAACUAAGAAGUUUGAAACCCUGAAGAAGUGUGGACUAGUCGAAAACGAGAUCCUUUCAGUGUUCAAGAAGUCUCCGCAUUGCAUUGGUGUUUCAGAGCAGAGGAUAGAGAACUUCAUUGAUACAUUGCUAGGCUUGGGAUUCAGCAGAGAUGAGUUUGUGAUUAUGGUCAACCGCUUCCCUCAGGGUCUUAAUUUAUCUGCAGAGAAUGUGAAGAAGAAGACUGAGUUUCUGGUGAAGAAGAUGAACUGGCCACUAAAGGCCGUGGCUUCAACACCUGCAAUACUUGGAUACAGCAUGGAGAAGAGGAUUGUACCAAGGUGUAACGUAAUCAAAGCUCUCAUGUCCAAAGGAUUGAUCGGAAGUGAACUCCCUGCACUAUCGCCGGUAUUGGCGAUUACCGAUCAAGCUUUCUUAAACAAGUAUGUGAAGAAGCACGAUGACAAGGAGCUUGUGGCUGACUUGAUGGCUAUAUUCAUGAGAAAGACGAGAAAAAAAGAUAAAGCUUUUGGACCAGUUAGAGGGUUCGAAGUCUGUAAAGUUUUGGCUUAAACACGAACUUCGGAUAUUAGUUCUAACCGAUGAUGAUUCUAGGGGAAAAUGAUUCAUAAUUCUAUGCGAUUGGUCAUUAAUCACCCUUGAUUUAUCUGUUACAGUUUUCCUUGUGGAUUAUCUAAAAUAUCUCCUCAAGUCUCUGUUUUUUGUUUUC